AUGUCGUUCACUGCCGCCUUGCACACUCUCGGGUCCUUCGUGUCCGAGCUGCCAGCAUCGCAGCUCUGCCUCGGGGCAGCCGUGCUCGGACUGAUAUCGCAUCACGCCUACUUCAUCCACGGCGAGCGGGACGCCCAUGUGUGGACCUACUUCCUGGUGCUGUUAGGCACUCCAUCCAUGCUCGCUGCUCUCCUCUACCUAUCGACCGCUGCCGGGUUGUCGCACACAGUCUCCACCGUUACCCUCGCAACGACAUCGUUCCUCUCCGCAAUGGCGGCGAGCAUCUUUGUCUACCGUCUCUACUUUCACCCACUCUCGCGCUUCCCCGGGCCCAGCCCCACCCGCCUCUCAAAACUCUACUACAUUCACGCCUACACGCAAGCACGGGGACAAUACUUCCGCGUACAGCAACGGUGGCACGCCCAGUACGGCGACAUCGUUCGCAGCGGCCCAAACGAGCUGAUCGUUCUGCGUCCGGAGCUCCUCCCGGUCCUCGGCAAGGCCGCGAAAGGCUCGUGGUACAACAACGGCAACCGAAACUCGUCGAUACAGCUAGUGAAGGAUCGGGAGACGCACUCGGUGCGGCGGAGGGUAUGGGAUAAGGCGUUCACGCCGGACGCGGUGAAGGCGUAUGCGCCGCGAGUGAAGCACUAUACGGAUAUGCUGCUUGAGAAACUGGCGGAGGGGGAGAGGGAGAAGGAUAUUACUGCGUGGUUUAGUUACUACACUUUUGACGUGAUGGGCGCGUUUACCUUCGGUAGAGACUUUGGUAUGCUGGAGAAAGGCGGCAGGGACGGAAGCGAUUACUUUCUGCGAAUGACGCACGCGAGCAUGAGGAGCAUCGCGCUGCUGGGACAUACGCCGUGGCUGCUGCUGCUCAUGGAGAUGUUGGGCGCCGCAGGGAAGGAGCAUAUGAAGUUCUUGGAAUGGUGUAAGGAGCGCGUCGACGAUAGGAAGAGGAGGGGCAUGGGGGAGAUGGGUAGUGAUCUCUUUGAGGUGUUGUUGGAGGCGGAACCAAAGAACAUAGGUCCCCACCACGUCCCGUUGAGAGGCGAUUCGAGGACCGCUAUUGUCGCUGGGAGCGACACUACCGCCGCCACCCUCAUCGCGCUGUUCACAUACCUCGGCUCCUCCCCCGAGACACUCUCCAAGCUCCAAGCCGAACUCGACUCCCUCCCCGCCGACAGCACCGAAUCGCCAUACCUGUCGGCAUGCAUCAACGAGGCGCUUCGCCUCAACACCGCUGUCCCGAGUGGUGUGUCACGUUACAUCCCGCCGGAAGGAGUCACCCUCGACGAUGGAACCUUCCUUCCGGGCGGGGUCAAUGUGUACUUCCCACUGUGGGUGGCGAUGCGGGAUGAGCGAUGGUUCGAUAAUCCGGAGGAGUUUUGUCCCGAGCGAUGGCUCAUCUCCACCCCGGAGAAACUCGCGGAGAUGAAGGCAGUCUUCCAGCCCUUCUGGAUAGGCCGCUACCAAUGCGUCGGCCGACCGCUAGCACUGGCGGAGCUCCACAGCGUUGGCGCAGCGGUAGCUCGACGCUUUGACAUAUCCCUCGUCGGUGACAGGGACGCCGCGUUCGCAAAAACUAUCGACACAUUCACGUUGGAGAUGGGGGAGAUUCGCUGCGUGUUCACUGAGCGCCUACUGUAG